AUGUACCUGUCUACCAUUUUCACGAGCUUCUUUGCUCUCAUGGUCUAUGCCAUCCCCCUCGCCCGCCACCGCCAGCCGACCGACCUCGCGUGCGCAAACCCCGGUGACUGCUAUAAGAUCACGACCAUGGACAUCACCAGCGGCGAGUCUGUCCAAUUGAGGUUCACGCUCUAUGACGACGCCAAGAGCACCAACAACACGACUGUGUGCAGCGCCUCGUGGGAGGUUGGCGCGAAUACUUGGCCCCAGAAAUAUAUCAAGUGCAACGACGACAUGUUCCAGUGGAUGUUCUCGAAGUUCGACACCGUCACCGACUGGAACAUGGAAGCCGCGCACGACUUUAAGCUCGGAGACUCCGGCGCACGCGCCUUCGCCAACGGCACGGCUACCAUCGACGACUUCGCGUGCCAGUCGGGUACAGCUGGUGUGCAGUACUGCAGCCUGAAGGGAGACCAUGUCAUCAAUCUCAACAAAUACGCCAUGAUUGCCUAG